AUGAACGAGGAGGCAAUUCUUUGCUUAGUGAUUUGUAUUUGUACUUUCAAAGCUGCACGAUCCGCACAGCACAUCAAUAAGCAGGGKGAAAUCUCUUUUCUUAAUUUGUACCAAAGUGCAGAAGGAAAGUUUUUCUCUAAACUCGGCAGUCUUUUAUCSAACCAAACAACUGGAAGCAUUGAAGAAUGYUGGWUCAACUGUGUACAAAACAAGGAAUGUUUGUCGGUGAAUACCGUUGCUUUGGACAAAUCCCGAUAUCAAUGUGAGCUUCUUAACUGGGCAGGAACGGGAUUUGAGGGCCAUCUUGUACCAAAMGCCAAUUCAUCUUUUCUGCAAUCAUAUACGGCUUGCGUCUCUAACCCUUGCCAAAAUAGCGGAAACUGUAUAGCCAAAGAGGGAGGAUCUAACUUCACUUGUGAUUGUGCUAUGCCAAAGGGAAAACUUUUAUUCACUGGCAGACAUUGUGACAAGCCGUUCAAUUGUGUUUUAUUUGAUUUUGAAUCUGGGCAUCUUGACGGUUGGUCUCUGACAGGAACAGCAUUCAACAAUCAGCCUACGUAUGGAGACAAUCCUUAUCAUCGCGUAGGCGCAAGAUCAAACUUGAAAGGUGAUUGGUCCAUUGCGACUUUCGAGAAAAGACCCAGUCCCUCUGACCCUAAAAGAGGACAGCAAGGGGAUCACCCCACUGGAACCGCAACAUCACCAUCAUUUGUCAUCCGUGGAAGAAAACUGAGGUUUUUGAUUGGCGGAAAUAGUGACCCUACCAAAUGUCGUCUUGAAUUGCUGAUCGGUGGAAAAGUUGUUGAUAAAACAGCAUCAGAUGGAACAUCAAAUAGCAUGAUGCAAAAAGAGUUUGACGUCACAGCAUACAAACAUCAAACUGCUCAGAUACGAAUUGUUGACGGCUCAUCAGGUGGUUAUGGAUUUGUGAUGGUGGAUCAUAUUGAAGACAGCAUUUGCUCUGAGUGACUUAUAAACCAUGGACCACAUUAACGCACAAUUGCCGCAACGUAUAGCUGUGAACGCAUAAUUACACAUUAAAAACAGAAUUUGCACCCAGUGACCAAGACUUCUGGACAUUAAUCAACCACAUUAUCAUCAUUUUCUAAGAAUAAGCGUGUGCUGUAGACGCAACCGACAUGCCGAUCACACUUUGGCCGCCUCUGAUCAGGCGAGCCAAAAGCAAAUAGUUUUCAAUUGGUUUCUCAUGCACACAGAGGUUCCUAACGACCCUGACUCAUGCAUGGUCGCCUAUGCUAACAUCAUCCUACCAUGGGUUGAAUGAACGCAUUGUUUUCAAAUAAUUUUAAUAUCUUUUGUUCUCUUUUUUAGCACCUUUUUUGUUCUUUUCUUUAACACAUCUCUUGUUUUAUAUGUAUAUUUCUCGUUACCAUGCCUACCUUGCUCUACUUUCUUUGCUCCUCUCAUUACAUACAUUCCUAUUUUCAUCUCUUUACUCCGACGAAGGAUUAACGUCCGAAACGUCAGUAAGUUAAAUUAACUUUUUACACAACCAUCUAUACAUCACAAUUGAAGAGUGACAUUCCUUAUGCAGAUGGCAAUACCCCACAAGACAAGUUUCCGUAACAGGGGUGGUCGAGAACAGAGAUCGGUUUAGUCACGCCGGUCGGGAGAAAAACGUCUGCCCACAUCCACACUUCAUUGAAGGUACCAUUUAUCUGAAUAACCAAGGUCUGCAGAUUUAUUCCCCUUAGUGUGCCCCAACGUAUAUAUUGAUAUCUAUGCGCAUUAAAACACU